AAUUGUUCAUGUUACAUUAUCUAUAUUUCAAGGAAAGUACCUCUUCAGGUGUUGAAUGUUCCAUGCGUGCGGCUCUAGAUUUCCUCGCAUAUCUUCUAUUCGAUAUACACCUGGCUUCACUACUUUAAUUAUUCUGAAAAGACCUUCCCAGGUAGGUGCCAGCUUUCCUAUUGCAGCUCUCUUUCCCGUGGCCUCCAGCUUUCUCAGUGUCAGAUUUCCUACAUUCAGGCUCCUUUCCUUGACUUUUUAAUUAUAAUAACGAGUUGCUUUUUGUUGAUAUGCCACGGUUCUUACUUGCGCUUCAUCUCUGAUCUCUUCUAGGGCGUCUAGAUUGCUCCUCAAUCUUGUUAUUGUUAGUGUCUUCGUUGUUGAACUGGAUCCGGUGAGUGGGGACUUGCAAUUCAAUAGGAACCACAGUUUCAAUUCCAAAUGCUAGUGCAAAGGGUGUUUUGGGGUGUGUUUCUUGCCGAACCUGGUGAGGGAACGGGCGACAUUGGUGGUUGGCUAUUUUGGAUCUCAGUAGGUGUAGUGAGAGUGGAACUCCGGUAACGGAAGGAUCUCCUUCGUUCCCACAGAUAGCGCCAAUUGAUAUUCUGAAAUCCAGAGAAUAGGGUUUCUAGUACGUGUGUGUAAGCCUUUUCGUGAGGAAGGUGCCUUCCUCCCUUUAUCCUUUUUUCUUUAUCUCUUAGUGGUACCUAAUGGCCUCACAGUUACAGUGUCAUCUGUCUCUGUCAUACAGGCUCGUAUGUAUGAAAGCGUGAGAAGUCCGCCCAAUGUCAGGCGGCCAUUUAAUUUCUCCCAGCAUGCGCCUCACAGUUACAAUGUCGUUUGUCUCUGUCAUACAGGCUCGUAUGUACGAAAGCGUGAGACGUUUACCAGAUGUCAGGCGGCUAUUUAAUUUCUUCCAGCGAGCGCCUCACAAUUACAGUGUCGUUUGUCUCUGUCAUACAUGCUCGUAUGUACGAAAGCGUGAGACGUCUGCCUGAUGUCAGACGGCCAUUUAAUUUCUCCCAGCGUGCGUAUAGAUAGGGCUGCGAGGAGACUGAACCUGUUGUCUUUUCUCUUAUCAUUUUUCAAGGCCGAGCUCGUAAGGAGCAGAUUAGGAUUUAUGAGUGAUUCAAUUCAUUUGGUAAGAUUGGGUCAGAGCCGGAGAAACCAGUUCGGCCCAUCAGGGAGACUUCGUGUACCUCGAAUACUGCUCUCGCAAGUCUGGCCCUACGCUGGGAUAAUGAUACUCAGCGGUCCCCAAUGUAUAAUAUAUAAACUAACUUUUCUUUCUAUUUUUUUUUUCCCUCUCGGAAGACUAAAGCUAAAGAUAAAUUUUAGGGUCCUCUCCGUGUUAAAAGAGGAAUACUAGAUUGUAUCACAAAAUCUAAAACAAAACCCUAGUUUGUGUUUUUUUUUUUUUUGAAAAAAAAUCUUUGAGAAGUGAUGGACAAGAACAUGCUACAAGGUCUUGAUGGUCUACCUGAAGAAGACCAGAGGCGAAUGGCAGCUGUAAUCGAUCAACUCCAAGUACGAGACAGUAUGAGGAUGUACAAUUCAGUUGUGGAGAGAUGCUUCAAUGACUGUGUAGAUAACUUUACACGGAAAUCACUACAAAAGCAGGAGGAAACCUGUGUCAUGAGAUGUGCUGAGAAAUUCUUGAAGCAUUCAAUGCGAGUUGGUCUAAGAUUUGCAGAGCUUAACAAUCUUGCUGCUACACCAGACCAAAGCAGCUAAACAACCAUGGAUUGCUCAAACAGCAUUUCAUUAAGGUAGAAUCUGCUUUGGAUAAAAAGGGCAUGUUCUUCCCUUUGUUGGCAAUUUUCAACUAUUCUUCUCAACGGGGUUUAAUCACUUAGAAAUACAUCUUUUAUUAGUUAAUUUCAAGCAUAAGAGAAGCCCUGUUGAAUAAGACAUUGAAUAUUUUAUUUGAGAUUCAAUUUUUCAGCUAUGUUUCCCAACAGGGUGUCAUCACUUGGAAUUGCACCUUUAUUAGUUAUUUCAAGCAUAAUAGAAGCCCUGUUGAAUGAGAUAUUUAAUAUUGUUGAGAUUCAAUGUUGC